AUGAAGCCUUGGAUCCCUGCACUUCUCAUGGGAACCACCGGUGCCCUCGCCGUUGCCAGCCCCACACCACAGCGUAAGCAGACACACAUGUUUGAUAUCGAGUGCUUCAAGACAUGUCGAACACGGCUGACAUUCCACCUCCCUCCAGCUCAGCCGGACGGGGGUCCCGCUUCUCUCUUUGAUAUCGAGAGCGUUUCGACCGUUGGUUGUUAUUCAGACAAAUGCGAUUUCAUGGCCCGUCCGACGGGCGAUGGCGGAUCGAUAGUUUUACCCGCUGUUCCUCGAGACCCCGAGACUUUGGUAGUGACCGAUGAAGAAUCUCCCAAGGUCAAUCGAACAGGGAUCUGCUCCAUAGGCAACUCGGAUAUAUCAUUCCAGUCCAUUCGCUCAUUUUCAAUCAAUCCUCGUCGCGGCAUCACUGUCUCAUCGGACGUGAAAUGGAAGGAAUCAGCGAGCUAA